AUAAGGGAUACGAAAGGGUCGCGCUAUUGGUGAAAGAGGUCCGCAUCCAAAGCGGCACAAUCGUCGGUGCCCCCGCCUCAUCCCUGAGUCCCCCUGGGCCUGGGCAGGGCCCCACUAUAAAAGCAUACUGCGUCGCCCCUCGAACACGUAGUGUUUCCCCGUGUAGCGUACAAGAAAACCUAUCCUCACACACCAUGAAGUUCUUCAUUGUCUUGAUCGCCCUUGUGGCAGUCGCUAGUGCCGGAUAUAUUGGUCAUGGUCAAGAAACUUACUUCGCACCCUUCGUUAACGGAGCUGGCCAUCAGCCUCUCGUCCCCGGCCCACAUCCGAGACCCAUAAGCUACAAGGGAAAUGAACAUACCACUAGAAUACAUUACAGCGGUGGUAAUGUUGGCCAUCCACAUCUCGUCGGCGUCGAGCAUUACGUAGGUGUUCCUGAGCCCAGCAUCGCCGUCGUCAAGGCUGGAGGACAUGGCUGGUAAAAAGGAUCUCGUCUAACGACGCCCCGAUUGACUAAAUCCGUUGAUCCAGAAGUGGUCCAUCCCGAAAAAGCAGUCAUCCGAAAUCUUUUGAAUCAUAAUGACAGCAGACAAUCCCGUCGACGAUACAUCUGAUUUCUCGCAAAUCUAAAUAAUUCUCAUUGGAUAGGAAACAAACGAAAUAAGGGCUAGGAUCAUUAAGGAUCGUCAAAAUCAGCUUCUCCAAAGAGUUUUUGAGAGCCUUACGAGAGCCUUACGAAAAUCAUGGACUACCCACGGAUCGCAGACCAGGCAGCCAAACUUGAAAGAUAAAUUCGUCUUGAUUUUACCUUAGAGCAACAUAUGACACGACGCCUUACACAAAUACACAUGGACACGAUCAUUCGCGUCUUUUUAUGUUUUUUUUUCCAUCUUUUCUUGUCCCAAACAUCAAAAUUCUCGUGCGGCGAUUGUGAUAAUGAAGAAGACAUCACAACAUCUGAGAGAGCGUUUCCCCUUUUCCCUCCCAUUUUUCUUUGUCCGCAGCAACACUUUUAUUUAUUUUCUAAUAAAAGUUGAUUUGUAUACGUCUUGUGAUAAACCAGGAA